AUGGGACCGAGCGGACCAAAUGGUUCUCCAGGUAUUGCUGGAGAUCCAGGACAAAAAGGUGAUAAAGGUUUACCAGGUGAGGCUGGAAGUCCUGGACAAUCUGGCUCACAAGGAACUCCAGGGGCUCAAGGUCCUAAAGGAGAUCCGGGUUCACCUGGAAGUCAAGGCCCUAUUGGACAACCUGGACCCCAGGGAGCUACAGGUACUGAUGGAGCAAUGGGAUCACCUGGUCCCAAUGGAGAUGUAGGAUUUCAAGGAGAGCCUGGACCACAAGGACCUCAAGGUCAGCCUGGACCAGCUGGACAACCAGGUUCAUUAGGAGCAACAGGAAAUACAGGUCAACCCGGUCAGUCAGGAGCUCCAGGUCCCAAAGGAGAAACAGGACAACCGGGUCAAGUUGGUGCACCAGGAGCACUUGGUUUUCCAGGGCCGUCCGGAGAACCCGGUAUACCUGGACCUCAAGGACAACGAGGAAAUCCAGGAACGAGAGGAAAUGAUGGCCAACAAGGUGCAACUGGUCAGAUUGGAUCUCCUGGUACUCAAGGAGCCACAGGCCCCAUUGGACCGCAGGGACCUCAAGGUCAAAAAGGUGUUCUUGGAGCAACUGGACCAUCUGGCGCCAAAGGACCCACUGGACCAUCAGGUCAACCUGGGCCAAUAGGCGCUGUAGGUUCUCCUGGUCCUGCUGGGCAAGCUGGCCCAUCUGGUCCUCGCGGUGAUAUAGGAUUGAGUGGACCUCAAGGUCAAAGAGGUGCCACUGGGGCUCCAGGUGAUACUGGAAACAUUGGCAAUUCAGGUUUGUUAUUGUUUGUUCUCUGGAAAUGUUGUACAACAAUAUUUUAA